AUCCAUAUCCAUUCUAUGUUGAAAAUCUUCAGAUAAACGAUCCCUUUUGCUCUCUCUCUCUUUCUCUCUCCCUUUGUACCCUUUCUCUCUCUAAUUUUCUGCAAUUGUCUCGUUAAAAUUCAUUCCUCUACAGCUUACAGCCAUGGUCUCUCACCUAGUCAACACUAUCCGAAAUGUAGUUGGGAUCACAGGGAACGUCAUCUCACUCUUCCUGUUCUUGUCUCCAGUGCCAACUUUUGUUCGAAUAUGGAAGAAAGGGUCAGUGGAGCAGUUCUCGCCAACCCCCUACCUAGCAACCUUAAUCAAUUGCAUGGUUUGGGUCAUUUAUGGACUCCCGAUGGUGCACCCCAACAGCACCCUGGUUAUGACCAUCAAUGGCACAGGGACCGCCAUUGAGUUCGCGUAUAUAUCCCUCUUUUUGAUCUUCUGUCCUGACAAGAAAAAGGGACUUAAAGUGCUACUAAUUGUGCUUGUUGAGCUAAUUUUCAUUGCCCUUGUCACCACCCUGGUUCUUACCCUAGUUCACACCACUGAACGCCGCUCCAUGGUCGUUGGAAUCAUAGCAGUCUUGUUCAAUAUCACGAUGUAUGCUUCGCCUUUAUCAGUCAUGAGACUGGUGAUCUCGACGAAAAGUGUGGAGUAUAUGCCAUUUUUCCUCUCCCUGGCUUCCUUUGGCAAUGGUGUUAUCUGGACUACUUACGCUUUCCUUCCUUUUGACCCUUUCAUAGCUGUUCCAAAUGGACUGGGCACGUUGUUUAGUUUAGCCCAACUUUUGUUGUAUGCCAUAUAUUACAAGUCCACCAAGAGAAUCAUAGCAGCAAGGAAAGAGACCAAGAUGGAGCUUAACCUGUCCGAGGUGGUCGUCGUCAGUGGAGAUAUCGAUCACAAAAAGACCGGCGGAGUCCCUUAGAGACCCAUCUCCGAUAUAAACAUACCCCAACAAUAUAUCUAUAUAUAUAUAUAAAGAGAGAGAGUUUGUUUUUGUCAUGAGCAUCCCCAUAGAAAUGGUGCGAUCAGUCAUGUUUAGUUUCUUGAAAAUCAUUGUGUAACCCAACUCGUAUAACCCAAGGGGGUUUUUCUCCAAUCCAAGUAAUAAGAGGUUGCUUCAGAGUUUAAACUAA